AUGUUCCAGCUCAGCCUCUGUAGCUUCUUCUACAUCGCCGACGACUCUUUUACUCCGACGACGGAGGCUGAGCUCUCCGAAUACGACGCCUUCGUCCCUUUCGAUCUGUCCUCCGUCAUCAUUAGCACGGUCUGCUCCACAAUCUCCUCGUCCGUGCUCGCCCUACUCGACCAGCACUUUCGGCUACUCACCGACCCGACCCGACCCGGCGUGGCGCGGCCCAAAUUCUGUAGUCUUGGUUGUGAGUGCAGACUGGAUAUUGCUGUUGAUGUGGCUUCUGCACUGUGUUAUCUCCAUGGUCAUUGCGAACCACAAAUCAUUCACCGCGACUUGAAGCCGAGCAAUGUUCUUCUUGACAAUGACAUGGUUGCUCGUGUCAGUGAUUUUGGGUUAGCAAGGCUCAUCCCACCGACCGCAGAUUCUUCUGAAAUUCAAAGUAGCACAGGUGGGGUAAAGGGAACAAUUGGCUAUGCUGCUCCAGAGUAUGCAGCUUGUAUAGAGCCAUCAAAGCAAGGGGACAUGGCCAUACCGGGAAGACUAAUGCAGAUUGUGGAUACCACUCUUCUCGCUACUUUAGAAGAGACAGCACCUGCAACAGGGGAAAAUGAAGUGAACUGCAUCAUUGGUUACAGAAAUGAUGAAAUUGAAGCAGAUGAAGAAAGAUUGACGGUGACAAUUUUAGCAAGAUGA